AUACUGGGAUCGAUAGCCACCUCGCCCCGCGCCGCGCGCCCUCCGCCCGCGCCCGCACCUGUCGACUCCGCGCGCUCCCAGGGGCUUGGAGACGCGGGGUGAGGAGCCGCCCGGACCCACCGCCCCGCCGCGCUGCGCCCCUGACCCCACCCUCCCUCGCCGGACCCGCACCCGCACCCCCACGGCUCCCGGGGGCGGCGGCCCCGGGCAGAGCGCGUCCCCGCACGGCGACCACUCCAGAAGUCUUAAUGAAGUAGCCAGCUGCGGAAGAAUCUGGACCGUUAGAUGAAAAAUGGCUUUCCAUGUGGAAGGACUGAUAGCUAUCAUCGUGUUCUACCUUCUGAUAUUGCUGGUUGGAAUAUGGGCUGCCUGGAGAACCAAAAACAGUGGCAGUGCAGAGGAACGCAGUGAAGCCAUAAUAGUUGGUGGCCGAGACAUUGGUUUGUUGGUUGGCGGAUUCACCAUGACAGCCACCUGGGUCGGAGGAGGGUACAUCAACGGCACAGCUGAAGCAGUUUAUGUACCAGAUUACGGUCUAGCGUGGGCUCAGGCACCAAUUGGAUACUCUCUUAGUCUGAUUUUAGGUGGUCUGUUCUUUGCAAAACCUAUGCGUUCCAAGGGGUAUGUGACCAUGUUAGACCCAUUUCAGCAGAUCUAUGGAAAACGCAUGGGUGGGCUCCUAUUUAUCCCUGCACUAAUGGGAGAAAUGUUCUGGGCUGCAGCAAUUUUCUCUGCAUUGGGCGCCACCAUCAGCGUGAUCAUCGACGUGGACGUUCGCGCUUCUGUCAUUGUCUCCGCGCUCAUAGCCACUCUGUACACCCUGGUGGGCGGGCUCUACUCGGUGGCCUACACAGAUGUCGUUCAGCUCUUUUGCAUUUUCGUAGGCCUGUGGAUCAGUGUCCCCUUUGCACUGUCACACCCUGCAGUCUCUGACAUCGGAUUCACUGCUGUGCACGCUAAAUACCAGGAGCCCUGGCUGGGAACCAUUGAGUCAUUUGAAGUCUACAGUUGGCUUGAUAGUUUCCUGUUGUUGAUGCUGGGUGGAAUCCCAUGGCAAGCCUACUUCCAGAGGGUCCUGUCCUCAUCCUCAGCCACCUACGCCCAAGUGCUGUCCUUCCUGGCGGCUUUCGGGUGCCUGGUGAUGGCUCUCCCAGCCAUACUCAUCGGGGCCAUUGGAGCAUCAACAGGUAAAUUUCUUGCAGCUUCGCCACAGGUGCCAGCAUCGGACAAAGAAAUCGUUUGGGUCAUGCGAAUCACGGUGUUUGUGUUUGGAGCAUCUGCGACAGCCAUGGCUUUGCUGACAAAGACCGUGUAUGGGCUGUGGUACCUCAGUUCCGACCUUGUUUACAUCAUCAUCUUCCCCCAGCUGCUCUGUGUGCUUUUUGUCAAGGGAACCAACACCUACGGGGCUGUGGCAGGUUAUGUUUCCGGCCUUUUCCUGAGAAUAACUGGAGGGGAGCCAUACCUGUACCUACAGCCCUUGAUUUUCUACCCUGGCUACUACCCUGAUAAGAAUGGGAUAUAUAAUCAGAGAUUCCCAUUUAAAACACUUGCCAUGGUUACCUCCUUCUUAGCCAACAUUGGCAUCUCUUAUCUAGCCAAAUACCUAUUUGAAAGUGGAAGCUUGCCACCAAAAUUAGAUUUAUUUGAUGCUGUUGUUGCAAGGCACAGUGAAGAAAACAUGGAUAAGACAAUUCUGGUCAGAAAUGAAAAUAUUAAAUUAGAUGAACUUGCACCUGUGAAGCCUCGACAGAGCAUAACUCUCAGCUCAACUUUCACCAAUAAAGAGGCCUUCCUUAACAUCGAUUCCAGUCCAGAAGGGUCUGGGACUGAAGAUAAUUUACAAUGA